UGUUAUUGUAUUCCUUAAAAGUUAAUUUAAAAACAAUAUAGUACUAUAUGCUUUUGUGUUUCCUUAUUGAUGAUCUUUUGAAAUGGCAUCCCAUAGUAUUUUGGCAGAUGAUUAUAUUUUGGAGCUAUUAGGAGACGGUACAAAUUCAGAAUUAUCCGAUUUAUCUGAUGAAGACGAUGAAUAUUUUAAAUCAAGUGAAUUUGAUUGUCUUAUGACCAAUUUUGAUGAUGGUGAUUUUAAUUUACUAUUAGAUGAGGAUGAUGACAAGGAAGAUGAAAUAGUUCCAGUGAAUACUGAUCCAGUGACAAGAUAUCAGUCACAAAAUCAAACAUUGAGAAGUGCAACAGUUGCUGUUGACCAAUCUAUUGAUACUGAGGUAGAAAAUAUAACAGUUACCAAUGAAAUUACUGAAACUAAUACUCCUACAACUUCUAGUCUGGCGUAUAUAGAUAAGUGCAAUAUUCGGUGGAAAAAACAACCUUUUGUUCCUCCAAAAAUUACUUUGAAAAAACCUCGUGACCGCUUGUAUCCUAAUAGUACACCUACACCACUUGACUACUUUUUAAAAUAUUUUCCAGAAAGUGAGUUUGAAAAUAUGGCAAAUUAUACUAAUACUUAUGCUGAACAAAUAGGGAGAUUAAAUUGGAAACCCACUAAUUCAAAAGAAAUGAAAAUAUUUGUAGGUAUUCACUUAUACAUGGGUGUAUUAAAUUUGCCCCGAAUCCGUAUGUAUUGGGAACAAAAAAGUAGAAUAAAUACUAUUGCUGAUAAUAUGACACGAAAUAGAUUUUUUGAAUUACGGUUUAAUUUUCAUGUUAUUGACAACAACACAAUUCCUACAAACAAUACAGACCGAUUUAUAAAAGUAAGACCACUUUAUGAUUUAUUGAAAAAAAUAUGUAAUGAACUACCCGUUGAGAAGAAUAUAAGUGUUGAUGAACAAAUGGUUCCAUUUAAAGGAAAACUCAGUGCAAAACAGUACAUGAGAGGUAAACCAAAUCCAUGGGGAAUUAAAUUGUUCUUAUUAUGUGGCGAAGAUGGUCUGGUUUAUAACUUUAUAAUAUACCAAGGAUCUACUACAGAACUAAAUCAAGAUAUGCAAAAAAAAUAUGGUUUAGGUAGUGCUGUUGUUUUACAUCUUACGGAUCUACUAGGAAAAAAUCAACAUUUUUUAUUCAUGGAUAAUUUUUUCACAUCUUAUAACCUACUUCAUGCAUUACAACAUAAACAAAUUUUUGCUGCUGGAACUAUCAGAGUUAAUAGAUUUGUUAAACCACCAUUUUUGACUGAUAAAGAAUUAUCUAAAAUGGGCCGUGGGACUACAUUUGAGGUAAGUUCUGAUGUACCCAACAGCAAAAUUGGACUUGUUAAGUGGUAUGAUAACAAACCAGUUUUAUUAGGCUCAAAUUUUAUAACUUCAGGGACUCCAGAUGAAGUUUCUAGGUAUGAUAAAAAAGAAAAAAAAAUACAUUUUAAUAAACAGACCAGAAAUAGUGAAACUUUACAACCAAUCAAUGGGAGGCGUUGACAAACAUGACCAAUUAGUAAG